AUGAAGGAUACAAGAUGGGUGAUGGAAGGCGAAGCGAUUGCCGGGCUUAUAAAGCUCAGGAGGCUGUCUGAGAAGAGCUAUCUUGGGCUUAUAGGAUACAAGUACAAGACGCGUACGCAGGUUGAUGUCCUGAAGAAAGUCUUUGAGAUUACUCACUAUCCUUCGCAUGAUACAAGGUUAAAUCUGGCGAUUCUGCUGAACAUUUCACCAAGAACAGUGCAGAUAUGGUUCCAGAACACCCGGUUUGUAUCAAAGGGAGCCAAAAAGAAGGAAUCUCAGGCGGGCCAAGACAUUGAGGGAAGAACAAAGAUCAAAAUGGUGACCAAUCUGUCGAUUCCUGUGAAGUAUAUUGUGUGGUUGAUCUUGAGCAGCUCACCACAUUCCCAGAUGGGAAAUUAA